UUCAGAAUUGUCCUUAAAUACACUGGUGUGGUUUGCAUUCCUGUUCAGAAUGAUGUUACAAUUCAACUCCUAGCAGACAUUCUGAGUGACUUACAGAAGUGGAGAACAUCAGUGUUCCUCUCAGGAACACAAAAAUGACAUAAUCAAUAAGACACACGAGACCAGGCCUCAUUUCCCAUGAUGUCAUCAAAAGCAGAAAGAAGCUGUCUAGGCAUUUCGUAAAUCUCCUCAUUGUGUAAGUUAUCCAAUAAGGGAGGACAGAAAAUGCCAAAUCGAUGUGUAGCAUAUGGCUGUGUAAAGACACACGAGGACAACGUGACCCUCUUCAAAUUCCCCAAAGACCCUGUUGAGUACCGCAUAUGGGAGAAGCAGGUCCAAAGGACUCGGACCAACUGGACGGCAAAGUCCACCUCGCACCUGUGCAGUGACCAUUUUGGCAAGGACUGCUUUGAGCCCAAACCAUCAGCAGCGGUGAAGGGCUCCCUCCCGAAAUCCUCCUUGAAGUUAAAGGAGGGCGCUGUCCCGACGGUGUUCAUCCUCCCCCCCUGUUCCAGCUGUGAGGGUGACGGCAGAGACUGCAGCGCUUGUGCCCCGAAAGCAAAGAGGCGCAGCGUGACUGUGGAACAGAAGGAUCGUACGAUGGAGGACGAACCUGCAGGUACAGCUGGUCCCUUGCAGGGGAACACAAGUGGUCUGGAGCAAGAGGAGGAAGAUGAUGAUGAUGACGAUGAUGAUAACGAUGAGGUGGAGGAAGAAGAGGAAGAGGAGGAGGAGGACAAUGAAGAGGGUGCAGAUAAUCAUAAACAAGAGACAGUAAUAAGUCCCUCAAAGGGCCCUUCCUCCCCAUCCAAAGCCUCCUCUCCGAAGGAUGAUGAGCCUGCUGUGUGUGAGAUGUGUGGCAUAGUGGGCACCAAAGACACCUUCUUCUCCAAGACCAAGCGCUUCUGCAGCGUCUCCUGCUCGCGCUCCUACUCCUCAAACUCCAAGAAGGCCUCUAUCCUGGCCCGGCUGCAGGGUAAGCCUCCCACUAAGAAGGCCAAGGUCCUGCACAAAGCCGCCUGGUCCUCCAAGCUGGGCGCCUUCCUGCAUUCCCAGGGCGUCGGCCAGCUGCUGGAUGGCACCGUCCCUGGACAGGACGUGGCGGUGGGCUUCGACUGGGGCAGUUACCUGAAGGACAAUGGCCUCCAUGCAGCCCCUGUCUCCUGUUUCAGACACGUGCCCCUGCACGAUCAGUGGGAGGAGAUCUGCGUGGGGCUGAAGGUGGAGGUGCUGAACAACGACGCGGUGCUGCCCAGCAAGGUGUACUGGAUCGCCUCCAUCAUCCAGCUCGCAGGGUACAAGGCGCUCUUGCGGUACGAGGGCUUUGAGAAAGAUGGCAGCCAUGACUUCUGGUGCAACCUGGGAACUGUGGACAUCCACCCCAUCGGCUGGUGCGCCGUCAACAGCAAGCUGCUGGUGCCCCCGAAGUCGGUCCACCAUCGCAUUAAGAACUGGAAGGGCUAUCUGAUGAAGCAUCUGGUGGGAGCCAGCACCCUGCCUGUGGACUUCCACAUGAAGAUGGCUGACGGGAUGAAGUACCUGUUCAGGCAGGGCAUGCGGGUGGAGGUGGUGGACCGGGCGCAGGUGAGCCGGACCCGCUCGGCCGUGGUUGACACGGUGAUCGGGGGCCGGCUGAGGCUGCUGUACGAGGACGCGGGGCUGGAGCCCGACGGGGAGGCGCUGUCCGACUUCUGGUGCCACAUGUGGAGCCCGCUGCUGCACCCCAUGGGCUGGUCCCGCAAAGUGGGGCACGCCAUCAAGAGCCAUGACAAGCGUGUUGACAUGAGCAGCCACCCAACUUUCCGCAAGAUUUACUGUGAUAGUGUCCCGCACCUCUUCAAGAAGGUGCGGACCGUGUACAUGGAGGGGGGGUUCUUUGAGGUGGGGAUGAAGCUGGAGGCCAUUGACCCUCUCAACCUGGGGAACAUCUGCGUGGCUUCAGUGCGCAAGGUGCUGCUGGACGGGUACCUGAUGGUGGGGAUCGACGGGGUGGAGAUUGGCGACUGCUCUGACUGGUUCUGCUACCACGCCUCCUCCCAUGCCAUCCUUCCCACGGGGUACUGCCAUAAGAACAAGAUACCCCUGACACUGCCCCCUGGGUAUGACCAGGUCACCUUCACCUGGGACAAAUACCUGGAGGAAACAGGGACUGUAGCUGCCCCGGCACGACUCUUUCAGACGGACUGCCCGGGCCACGGCUUCGCCCCGGGGAUGAAGCUGGAGGCGGUGGACCUGAUGGAGCCGCGCCUCAUCUGCGUGGCCACCGUGAGGCGCUCUGUGCACCGCCUGCUGCUCCUGCACUUUGACGGCUGGGAGCCGGAGUUCGACCAGUGGGUGGACUGCCAGUCCCCAGACAUCUACCCCGUGGGCUGGUGCGAGCUCACCGGAUACCAGCUGCAGCCCCCCAUCAGCAACGAACCUGCUUCAGGUGGAGAACGGCACAAGAAGCAACACAAACCCCUGGGUAAAAAGAAUAAGAAGCUGGUGAAGAAGAAGCUGGCGAACCUCAUCUCUAAGAACCUCCCCCCGCCUCGGCCCCGCCCCUCAGACCCGCCCGCUCUGUUGGUCCCCAAGACUGAGCCUGUAGAGGAAGAGACAGUAAUCGCAGUGAAGGUGAAGGAGGAGGAGAUGGAGUUGGACACGGAGCCUCCCGUUCAGGCUGAGCUGCCAGUCAAAGGGCCCCAGGCCCUGCAGACCCUGCUGGAGCAGCUGAAGCAGGAGGUGGAGUGAGGGCGGGAGGCGAGAUGUCCCGGGGCAGAACUGCUGUGUCCCCUCAGCCUGGCUCUCUGCCUCCCCUCAGCCCGGCUCUCUGCCUCCCCUCAGCCCGGCUCUCCGCGUCCCCCUCAGCCUUUUCCCCUGUGCUGCAGACCAGCUCUGAUCAGGCUGGCGCAGAGCUGCAGUCACUGGCUCCAGCGCCCCAGUCCUGCAGCACAUGUGCUCUGCCGUGUGGGCUUCACUCACUGACUGACUGAGAGUCCAGUAGACUUUACUGCUGUGCUGCCUCUGGUCACACUGCACCUGCGUCAAGUACCAGUCCACAUUCUCACUGACCCCCAACAUCUGCCUCAGCUGUGCCCAGCAUGCCAGACUUCUGCCUCAGCUGUGCCAUGGGCCAGAAAAGACUCAUUUUUUUCACAUAGCAGGCUGGCUGUAUACUCUGGUUCACCUCCACUGUGUGACUUACAGGUGCCAGCUAUUCACUCCCACUGGUUGAAUUGCAGCACUGGCUUCUGCAAAAAAGGUUGGACAGCCUAAACCACAUGCACAUAUUAUUGUAUAGUACUUCCUGGUGUAAUUAAUAGUUUAUAUACGUAUGCAUUGUUUAACCUAACUAGUAGCGCUCCUAUUUAAUAAAGAUGGACACAUUACAAUUGAUCGAAAUGCUAACUAGCGCCUGAGAUGUAAAAAUAUAGAAAAUAUUUUGUCGGAUUUGAGGUGGAUUAAAAGUUAUGUGGGGCACAAGACCCCUGAUAGAGCUGUCAUGGUCUUGUGUAUGUUGGAAGUGAAGGAUACCAACGCUGUAACCAUGUUGUAUCAAAUUUUAUUUGUUAUUUUUCUAUAUCAAUAGUACUGUUCUUGUCUUUGUUGUACAUAUCAUUUAACACACAGGGCUAUGAAUUAGUUACUCCACACAAGUAAUUUGGCUGAAAGUGCAGCACAUCCUGUUAAUAAAAUCCACCCAGUUUCACUGGAGACAUCUGGUGGGAAUCCUUGGUAUUGCGGUAAGAAUUAAUAAUGGAAGGAACCAAAUAUCCUUCACCUUGAAUUAGGUGUUUUUCUGUCUCUCCGUCUCUCACCAACAUGGUUUACCCAAGAUUAUGGGUAAUUUUUAAAACGAGGUUCUCAAAGCAUCCCAGAUAGCCCUUUUUCCCAGUCUGAAGUAGGUUCCGGGAACGUUGUCUGGGAGUGAAGUCUGUGCGCUCCAAAUGUUUUCUAAACUCCACAACUACUUUUGGAAUGUGUAAUUCUACAGGAAUUUGUUCACUCUCAAACCUUUAAGUGGUUUCCUCUUUUACAAAUGUAUAUCUUUGGCCUGUUAAUGCAUUUUUCGAAUCUGUCCAGUUUCUGAGGGCAAGAGUACUGAUUUAUUAUGAAAUCCUUCUUCGCCUAACAAGUAGAUGAGAACAUUGAGAAAGUGCCCAUCCGAUAUCACGCAACCAGAAGAACACACCUGCGGACAGGUACACUGUGGCUCUGCUGCGUGUUGAAGCUUAACCUCCACCUGAUGAACAGUGACAGGUAUACAUCUGACUUCUGUCUGAGCUGCAGGUUAAUGUGCAGAGGACUGUAGAAAAGAAUCAGUGCUGAAGAUGAUUUGGGGGGGGGGAUUACCAAUUGUCCAGCAUUACUGCACUGUUUAAAUUACCUCAAAUACGUUGCCCUCACUACUGCUAGCUAACCCUAAAAUCAUUUUAAGGCAAAAAGUAGAUAAAAUGCUACAUCUUCAUAUUACUGCUGUUACACUAGAUAUUGGAGAAUAGCACAUGUAUUAGUUCUAACUAUAUUUCUACAAACCCACUAAAAAGAGCUGAUGGUGUAUUGUCUCUGCGUGUCUUCUGUAUGGAGGUGUGUGGGUCGGAAGGAGAAUGAAAGAGUUCUUGUGGCUACAUUUACUGUCCCUGUAAUAAAAUGGCGAAGAAACCUAAA